AUGAAAUGGACAUCUACAGAUCGAGUCACAAACUUGACUGUAGCAACAGGAGUUGCUCUUCUAACAGCCCAAUUCUACCCCCGCAACCUCGAUGGAUACGCCCCAGCGCUCGCCGAAGUGAUAUGUUGGAGUCUCGUCACUGUGCCUUUCGGGUUUUCCUCGCGCUUCGUACCAGGGCUGUGGAAGAAUGAGAACUUUGGCUUGAAGCCCUCAAUCAAGUACUCGUAUUGGAUAAUGGCGGGUUCUGUGUCUAUGGUAGCAGCUUUGUCCUCGGUCAUAGAUUCUACGUGGGUCACACCUGUAGUCGGGUUUGCACUCAUCGCUCGAAGUCGUACCGCGCCCUUCGCCCGCCUGUCUAAACUGCUGCCGUCAUAUAUCAGAUAUACAUAUUUUGUAUUGGGGUUGGGAGCAGCCCUCGUUGUAGCACUCGCACCGACUUUUGAUACCUUCAGGAUAGUAUACGCUGUUCCCACCGCACUCGGCCUUGCGGGGAUAUACAGGUCACUCGCCGAUAUCUUCAACCUGGGGCGGCAAUGCCUAGAUGGAGGCGAUCGGAUGAGCACCGGAAAUGUGAUCCGCUCCAUCUCGUUUCGCACGGUUGGGCUUUGCAUCGCGGUAGCCAUUUUUGUGGCUCUCUCUCCGUUUGGUGGAACUUCUCCCAUGGUCAAAGCUCUAUUUACUGGCAUCGUAAAAGCUCGGCAUUGGACUGCCGUAUUCUGGCUUACACAAGAAGUACAGUGGGAAGUUGCGCCCGUAAUCUGGGGCUAUGUCACAGCGUCAGCUGAUGCCUUUACUACGGAUGCGACUACAUCACUAGGGAGGUUUCAAACACUUGCUCGUACAACGAUCGCAGUUCUUAGUCUGUACCAAGUUGUUUCUUUCUUACCGAAGAGUUCCAAGGGGCGUCUCAUACUAUAUCUGUUCGCCAUCUGGUCGAUGCUGUCGCUUGUACGGCUGACUUCGAUGGGGAGGCAAGUUCCUUUGCUGCCUGAGGCAGUAUGGCCGAUUUCGCGCAUAUUCAGAAACGACAAUCUUCAUUCAGCCGAAAAGGAGUAUCGAAGAAGGAACUCACGCGAACCACCGCCGGGAUUCGAUAAGUGGUUUUUCUACGCCAAAGCUAACCAAUCUCCUCUGAUCGAUGAUUUUGACAUGAUCAAUAAGGACCUCAAGCCAUUCUGGAAGAUCGAACCUCGCCGUUUACGCGAAAGUAUCGAUAACGUCACUGAGCUCGACCAUCUUGCGCUCCGUAAGUGUGCCUUUGCGAAUGGAGAAUACAAUUCGGCAAGUGAUCACUGGCUUGUGAAGGACCUCAGAGGGCUCUUUGAUGAAGUAUCGCGCAACAUUCCUGACGUCGUAUUUGCUCUUAAUUUAUUGGAUGAACCUAGGUUUACCGUCACGCGACAAACGCUCGAUAAUGGCAGUACAUUACGUCCUUCAUUCGAAGAUGCAAAUCACAACUCCAUAUGGGAUAAAACCAAUGAUCUAUGUUGGGGUGAUCCUAGUGUUGAGGCGAAUUCCUUCAUCCUCAGUUAUGGCCUUCCUUUCGUCCAAGACAAAUCGCACGCUCAGAAAGUCUGCUCACAUCCCGAGUUCGAGAGUAUGCACGGCUUCUUUUCCUCUCCCAUGACUGUUCUGACGACAGAAGCUCCAAUCCCCAUCCUUUCGCAAGCUGCGCCUUCUUCAUUUGGCGACAUUAUAUAUCCUAGUCCUUGGUAUACAGAUAAGGUAUAUCAAGGAGACUAUAAGGGGGCAGAUGAUCCUGCUUGGGAAGCAAAGAGUGACAACCUAUACUGGGCUGGUAGUACAACUGGAAGCUAUAGCUGGAACAGCAGCUGGCAACAUUCCCACCGACAACGUUUCGUGAAGCUGGUCCAGGCCAUCGAUCACACCAGUCAUACGUUUCUCAAGCAAUCCAAACUAGGGCAAUGGAUACCAUAG